AACAUUCAUGCUUAACCUAAAAGCUGGUUAAUGUUUGUGGUGUUUCUUUUAUUUAAUUUAAUGGCAAUAGGUUGAAAUAAUGGGCAAAAAGUCAAAAGUAGGAAAACAACGUAAAGAUAAAUACUAUCAAUUAGCUAAGGAAACAGGAUAUCGUUCUAGAGCUGCCUUUAAGCUUAUUCAACUUAACAGAAAAUUUGGAUUUUUGCAAAAAUCUCGAGUAUGUCUCGAUUUAUGUGCCGCCCCUGGCGGGUGGAUGCAAGUGGCGCAUCAGAAUAUGCCCCUGUCCAGUGUUGUUAUCGGUGUGGAUCUGUUCCCAAUCAAACCAGUCCCAGGCUGCAUAGGAUUAACUGAGGAUAUCACCACAGAGAAGUGUAAAACUGCCAUCAAAAAGGAGAUAAAGACAUGGAAAGCUGAUGUAGUGCUGCACGAUGGUGCGCCUAAUGUGGGUCUUAACUGGCUCCAUGAUGCAUAUCAGCAAGCCACUCUAACACUGAGUGCUUUAAAGCUAGCCACACAUUUCUUGAGAGAAGGAGGCUGGUUUGUGACAAAAGUUUUCAGAUCUAAAGAUUACCAUGCACUCUUGUGGGUACUGAAGCAAUUCUUCAAAAAAGUUCACGCCACCAAACCACAAGCGUCAAGAAAUGAAUCUGCUGAAAUAUUUGUUGUAUGUCAAGGAUAUAUUGCACCCGAUACCAUUGACCCAAAGUUCCUUGACCCAAAAUAUGUGUUUGAGGAUUUGGAGAUUGUUAAGAAGCAGCAUACAAACUUGCUUCACCCUGAGAAGCAGAAAAAGGCUAAGGCUGAGGGCUACAAGGAAAAUGACUACACCACACACCACAAAGUUCUUGUGUCACAGUUUAUGGGUAAAGAGGAUCCGCUAGACCUACUACAAGGCUGCUCACAGAUUGUAAUAGAUGAUAAAACUAUAGAGGAACAUCCUAAGACAACUCCAGAAAUAAAGGAAUGUUGCCAAGAUAUUAAAGUUUUGGGACGGAAAGAUCUUAAGUCUCUGUUGAGCUGGUUAAAACAUAUGAAGGAAUUGAAAACUUCUCAGGAGAAAAAAGAGGAAACAGAAGAAACACCCAAAGAGGAGGAAGAAGAGAAGCCUGCUGAGGACAAGGAAGAGGAUGCUGUUGACACCGAGAUUGCUGAACUUCAGGAUGAGGAGCGUCGUCAAUCAAAACGGAAGCGGAAACAAUUGAAUAAGCAGAGACAAAAGUUGGCUGAGAAAAUGAACUUGAAGAUGGUUCUAAAGGGAGAUGAUGGACCGAUUCUAGAGAGCAAUGACAUGUUCAGAUUGUCUGACAUUAAAAAUGCUGAUGAAUUAGCUCGAACAAUAGACCAACAGCCAGAUCUCGUGGCAGAGCCAGACUCUGAUUCAGAUGAUGAGUUUAAAAUGAAACAGAAAUAUGUGAAAUAUGAUGUGGAGGCUUCUAAGCUGGACAAGUCGGGAGUCUAUUAUAAGGACUCUGACAGUGAACUGGAAAUGGAGAGCGAUUCUGAGGACGAAAAUGAUAAGGAAACAUUAGCGUUUUCGGACGACGAGAAGCAAUCAAAGAAAAUAGACAAGCUAACAAAACUAAACACAUUAAAGAACAGCAAGCCGGCUAGAAACACUAUCCCCAAGGAUAACCCACUGCUGACCGACCUGGACAACCGCGAUCCGGUGUCCAAGCGGUCCAUGAAGGCCGAGCUCUGGUUCCAGAAGGAUGUCUUCAAAGAUAUUGAGGAGGAGGAUGAUGAAGGCGUGGACCUGGAUAAACUGGCUGAGACAUAUAAGGAGAAAGGAAAAACUGUUGCAAACGAGCUAAUGGAAACUGAUGAUGCGCCAACAAGAGGAUCGAAGAGGAAACAGUCUGAUUUAGAGAGUGACGAUGAUGAUGAUGACGACGAUGAUUCAUCAGACAGCGAGUAUGAGGUGGAAAAGAACGUGGCUCCCUCUACUGGCAAAGCGGGAAAAGGUGGCAAGAAGGAUGGCUUUGAAGUGGUUUCACAGGACCCAGAACUAAAAAGGCUUAAGAAGACUCUCAAAAUGGACGCCGAGACGCUAGCCCUCGGCACCAUGAUCGCGACGUCAAAGAAGUUCAAGAGAGAUCUGAUAGACGACGCUUACAAUCGGUACACGUUCAACGACAAGAAUCUGCCGGACUGGUUCGUGGAGGAUGAGAAGAAACAUAUGAAGAAGGAGGUUGUCGUCCCUGAGAAAUACACUGAGGAAUACAAAACGAAAUUACAAGACAUCAACACUAGGCCAAUCAAGAAAGUAAUCGAAGCUAAAGCUAGAAAGAAGAAGCGCAUGAUUAAAAAGAUGGAGCGCGCGAAAAAGAAGGUCGAGGCCGUCAUCGAAAACGCCGAAAUGUCUGAGCGGGAGAAAUCACAGCAAAUAAGGACGCUGUACAAGAAAGCGCAGACAGACGGUAAGAAAAAGGUCACGUACGUAGUUGCGAAGAAGCACACCACGGCUAAACGUAUGAAACGGCCGACCGGGGUGAAGGGCCAUUACAAGGUGGUCGACCCUCGCAUGAAGAAGGAUCUGCGCGCGCAGAAGGCCAAGGAGAAGACCGUGGGCCGCGGCAAGAAGGGCAAGUCCAUGAAGGGCAACAAGGCUCCCAGGGGGAAACAGAAACAACAGAAAAAGAAAGGUAAAAAGGCCAAGUGAUUUAUGUAGUCCUAGUCUAUAGGGUGACGUGAAGUGGAAGCUAAAUGAUUAAGUAUAUUACGUUUCGUAAAUAUACGUUUUAAAAUAUAA